GAUGACCGAUUACUACCGGCUCUUGAACAAGAGUGGAGGUUACGUAUGGCUUCAAACUUGCGCAACGGCCGUCUACAGUUCCAAGCACAGCGACGAACAAAAUAUCAUUGCUGUCAAUUAUGUCCUCAGUGGAGUCGAGCGGGGCAACUGCGUCUUAGAUAGUCGUCAAUUACCGUUUGCAUCACCCAUAACGUCGGUCACACCGGAGCCCUCUAAGGUCAAGGACGGUCCAGUAACGGAAGCGCUGGAGGUGUUGUACAAAGAAGAAGAGAAAGGUGUUGGUCGAAGGAAAAUGGAUAAGCCAAAGAAGAGAGGAAGAAAAUUUCACCAAAAUACGGAGGAAGAGGAGGAGGAAGAAGAGGAUGAAGAGCUUGAAGAAGAAGAAAAAAGAACAUCUCCAACCAAACUUGUGUCGACACCUUCUCAACAAGAUUUGGCCAAAGUAUCUCCUGGUGUUGGUGACGCCGCUCCUAAUUCGUCAGUUAGGGAUCUAGAAGAGGCAAUGAACCGCCAUCUACCAACUGAAGAGACACCCGGUAUUCUCCCUGCGUCGCAUCUUUUGAGAUCACUUUACGCCAAUCGAGAAUCAGUAAUCCGCAGUAAUUACUCUAGUCGAACUGCAUUGGCUAAUAACUAUACCGAAUCGUACGUGCCGCCUUAUCCCACACCGGACUAUUCGGCGGAUCAAUAUUGUCAUGGUUACGACGCUUUCAAAUCUUAUGCUUCUUCUUUACCCAGUCAGACGUUCAACUACGAGAGGGGAUACGGUGCAGGGUAUUAUCCCCCAUCCUUUUACGCCCCUUCUCCGCCUACUGCCCACCAUAAGCCACCUACUAAUGCUAGCUGGUGA